GGGGGUCCCUUAAAAGCCUCUGAUGCAGGCACAGAGCGGCCAGAGCGACGCUUCCGGGGAGAGCACGGCAUCAUUGUUGGGAAUAAACAAGUUUGGGUUCCCUUGGCACACGGAGUCCUCCGUUGUUCCACUCUUUGUCCUUGCAGACCUUUGUCCCUACGCCCAGGCUCCAGCUGUCUUCUCUCCGAAUUCACGUCUGAACUUCGCCCCAUGGAGAAGGCCCGCGGACUCUUUGGCGACAACCUCGGGGGCUUCAUGCGGACCUGCAACGAGCCCCUCAGCUUCUCAGGACGCGCCGGAGGGACGGGGAACAUCAAGACUCUGGGGGACACCUACCAGUUUGCGGUGGACGUCAGCGACUUCUCCCCGGAGGACAUCAUCAUCACCACCUCCAAAAACCAGAUUGAGGUCCAUGCCGAGAAGCUGGCCUCGGAUGGGACCAUCAUGAAUACCUUCACCCACAAGUGUCAACUGCCAGAGGACAUGGACCCGGCCUCGGUGACCUCCACCUUGGGCCCCGACGGCUCCCUGACGGUCAAGGCCCGCAAGCGCCCGGCCCGACCCCCCGAUCAGCAGCAGACGCUCCAGCAGACGUUCCGGACCGAGAUCAAGAUCUGAGCAACGGGGAUGGGUGGGAUUGUGUGUUUCCUGGUGCGGGUGCGAGUGGGGUUUCCCUUUGUAUAUUUCCGGUGUUGCUGCUGUUGCCGUGUUCCUGCCGACCCCAACCGAGGGUUUUCUGGGGUUGAGAGAGUGUGACUGGCCCAUGGCUGAACCUUGGUCUAGUUCUCUUCUUUGUAUAUAUCGUAGGCAGUCCUAUAAACGAUCCCUGAUA